AUUUAUUCUAAUUCAACAGAAUAAACCUAAAGUGUGCCUUUGUCGCUAAAGCGUUUUGAACUUUGUUGUAGUACCUACCUGAUGUAGAUUUAACAAAAUUAUAUUUCACGGUUAUUCUUUAGAAAAGCAUUGAAUUUCGCAAACACAGGACUCAUCAACACUUCAAUUUGAAGAUUUAUUUUAAAAGUUUAAAUCUAGGAAACUUAAUUGUACUUGGCUGGGUAGAAAGUAAACGAUACCUUUGUGCUGUCAUUGUCAAAUUUAUAACGUCAAUGGUAUUUAUGACAGGUGUCAGCAAUAGCCGAAAUUGUGCAAAUUUUAUUGAAAGUCCAGAACUGUUGAUCGUUUCAAAGUAUAUUUGUAAAUAAGAUUUAAUACGAUAUUGAAUUCAAUUUAAAGUUUCUUUUCCACUGUUUGUAACUGUGGCAUAACCUAAAAUGCUGCGGGCACCGGUGAAAAGACAUAUUUCACACAAACCCUGGAUUCGUUUAAAGUCUAGCAGCAGUUUCAUAAGAAACACUUUUAUAGACUAUUUUGUGGAGAACCAUGGCCAUACGCGUAUUAAAUCUAGCUCUGUGGUGCCCCUGUAUGACCCCAGUGUGCCUUUCGUCAAUGCUGGUAUGAACCAGUUCAAAGGAGUGUUCCUUGGUAAGGUGGCGGCUCCCUGUGCCAGGGCAGUGAACUCUCAGAAGUGUGUGAGGGUGGGCGGCAAGCACAAUGACUUGGACGUAGUGGGGACAGACGGACACCAUCACACAUUCUUUGAAAUGCUCGGGAACUGGUCCUUUGGUGAUUAUUAUAAGAAAGAGGCAUGUAAAAUGGCAUGGGACUUACUACUGGGUCCAUAUCGUCUGAAACCUGAGCGCCUGCUGGUGACAUACUUCUCUGGUGAUGCUGCGAUGGGUCUCAAGCCGGAUCUGGAGUGUAGAGAUAUUUGGAGAGAAAUAGGUGUCCCAGACAGCAGGUUAAAAGCCAAACCCGCUAAGGAUAAUUUCUGGGAGAUGGGCGCGACCGGUCCGUGCGGGCCCUGCACAGAGAUACACUACGUCAACCACGACGGCUCGCUCACCGAGAUAUGGAACCUCGUGUUUAUACAGUGUAACAGAGACGUCGAUGGCAAAGUGAAGAGCCUGGACAAGUUCCACGUGGACACCGGCAUGGGGCUGGAGCGCAUGGCGGCCAUACUGCAACACGUGCCCUCCAACUACGAGACCGACUUGUUUCAGCCGCUCAUCACCGCUAUAGAGAAGAACAGCAAAGACGUGAUGGAUUAUACGCGCAGCUACCGCGCGGACGCCGAGCUGGACUGCGAGUACCGGCGUCUGGCGGACCACGCGCGGAUGAUCAGCGUGUGUCUGGCUGAUGGCGUGUUCCCAGCUUCCAGCCUAAACUUAAAACAAAUCAUGAGGAAGACGUUCAAGAUAUCGACAGACGUGUUCCAAAACCCUCAACUGCUGAGCAUCUUGUACGACGUAGUCACAGAGACCCUCGGUCCAACGUACCCUGAGCUGGUCGCCAAGGAAUCUCAAGCCAAAAUGAUCAUAGAGCAUGAGGCUCAAGCAUAUGCGAAGAUGCGAGCAGGCAUGAGGAAGAAGUGGAAGGAGCUGGUGGCCAAGUACCCUGAGGUGCAGACCUUGAAUGAGGUGGAGCUUCCAGGGUUCGUGCAAGGAUAUAAGGAGUUUAAGGAGACUAUGGCCAAACAAAAAACAAACGUAAUACCAGGAGAAUUGGUCUUCAAGUUGUACGACACGCACGGCUUCCACGAGGACAUCAUCCAGCGCAUGGCGGACUUCAACGACAUGACCAUAGACAAACCAGGCUUCUGGAAACUCCUCACCAAACACAAGAACAGACACAAGACGGCUCACAAGGAACAGGCGACCACCUCCAGCAAGGUCAUGUUCAACGAAGCCAUCAAAACUCUCUUCGAAAACGGACACACAUGUACAAACGAUUCAUACAAAUAUGAUUACACAGCCAACGGAAAAACAGUACAAUUCAAACCUCUAAAGACUCAACUCAUAGGCAUACUAAACCAAGAUCUAACUUGGAUAGACUACCUCGAAGCAGGCGAAACUCAGCCUUAUUACUUAAUUACAAAAGAUACAAAUUUCUACUGCGAGGAGGGCGGACAGGUCGCAGACGAGGGCAUGAUAUACGUCAGCAAGAACAUCGCUUUACAAGUCGACAGUGUGUUCAAAAUCCGUGAUUUCGUUUUCCAUAAGGGCUAUUUCGCCGUGGGAGAUGGCAACGCGUAUCUCAACGCUAACAGUGACGUGACCUUGGAAAUUGAUGAGGAGAAGCGUCUGAAGGUCAUGAGGAAUCACACCGGAGUUCAUUUGUUGAAUGCGGCUGUUCGGAGGGUGUUGCCCAAGAGUGUGGUGUGCGCGGUGGGGUCCAGUGCCACGGAUAAAGGUCUCAGUUUGAAUCUGAUGGUGUACGGACAGAAGAUGACGCAGAAUGUGCUCAUGGAUGUACAGAAUUUAAUUAGGGAAUCAAUAAAGUGCGACGCGCCGAUAGAGACCCGCGUGCUGGACAGCGUGUCCCUGUCGCAGGAGGCGGGCGUGGUCACCGUCCCCGGCGAGACCUACCCCGAGCAUGGCCUGCGCCUGGUCACCGCGCAGCCGCCGCUACUGUCCAAGGAGUUAUGCUGCGGUACGCACGUGCCUUCCACCGGUGUCCUUGAAGAGUUCUGCGUGACGCUCGUCAAGGGAGCCGGGAGCAACUCCCCCACCAUCCAUGCCCUCACAGGGGAUGAUGCUAAACAGGCUCGCGAACUAUUCUGCCGGGCCGAGAAGCUUGACCAAGUGAUAGAUCUGAUAGACCCUGAGCGCAAGAAGGAGGAGGUGUCGAACAUCAAGCGGGAGUUGUCGCAGCUGUGCGGGGCGGGCGGCGCGCCCUACGGGGAGUACGCGCAGUGUCUGGCGCUACUCGACAGCUUCGCCAAGAGGGAGGUCAAUAAGAACGAUGUGGCACUACAAGCGAUAGCAGAAGCUGAAGUCAGCAACGUGAUAAGCGAGGCCGCGUCAGAAGGCCGUCGCUUCGUAGUUCACUUCCUGCGCUGCUCGUACCUGCUGCAGGCGGCCGGCGUGAGGCGAGCGCUUGCCCCCGCGCACAGUGGGCUUGCUGGGCCGGGCCCUGCCCACAGUGGGCUGGCCGGGCCGGGCCCCGCGCACAGUGGGCUGGCCUCACCGCCCCCGUCCCUGGCCACGCUGGUGCUGGGCUGCGCGGGCGGGGUCGUGGUCGCCGUCUGCACUGUGCCACAGGACAUGGUAACAGAGUCGUUCUCAGCGCGCCGCUGGCUCAGCUGCAUCGCGCCCGUGUUCCAGGCGGACGUGUUACCGCCUGCGAAGGAUACCUCACCCCUCACGUACGCUGAGAUGACUGAGACCAAGGUGAGCCUAAUAAACUGCGAACAACUAGUCCAGGACGCGAUGCGCGUCGCCAUCAAAUACGCGAAGUCUCACACCAAGGAGGCCCGAAACGAAGACGCACAGACUACCAUGAAUAUACAACAGAACUGAUUAAAUAAUAAUACUAAUAUACGUAAACGUAUCAUGAUGAAUAAACAAAUCGAUUAAACGUUUAAAUCGAUUUAUGAUGCUAUUCGAUUAACAAUCGUUUACUAAUGCCUUAUACAUUACCUGUGGGUUUUAAAUGAAGAUAUCGAUUUUAUUGUUUGUGUACUUUAUGUUAAAGAUUUUGAAUACAAACAGUCGUGUACUACAAUGUUGAAAACGAUUGAAUCGAUUAACUUUAUCGAUAAAAGCUUAACGAAUUGUAUUUAGAUAUUCAUAUAGCUUCAUCCGUAUCAUUUGAACUUAUAAGACCUCUGUUCGCCGGCAAUUUGAUUCAAACAACCACAAGGCAUUGCGAAUUUAAACUUUAAUACCUUUAAAUAAGGUUGAUUUUCAAAGUUUUCGACUGUACGAAUCUGAAGUCGGAUUUUUAUAGGUAAGGUGCUUUACAACUUGUAUUAUUUAUUGAUAGCAUAAUAUUCAAAGGUUUAGUUUUUAACCAAUAUUCUUCUUUUAUUUGUUUUAUCAUGUAGAACUAUUGUAUUAUGCAAAAUAU